CUAAGUCGCAAUAAAAUCCUCUUUGUCUUCUUCUUCUUCCUCUACUCGGCGAAUUCUCUCGAGAAAACAAACUGAAUUUUUUUGAUCGAAGAAGAUCUAAAAAAAAAGAUGGAGAGACGACAAGCGAAGAUCCAUGUCUUUGUAUUGAUAGGUCUAAUUCUAUUGAAUUCAAUCAAUCAAAUCUCAUCUCUCUCUGUAACGGUGAACGACGAAGAAUGUGUCCAAGAGUACGUCCUUUACGAAGGCGACACUGUUUCCGGUAACUUCGUCGUCGUCGAUCAUGAUAUCUUCUGGGGAUCCGAUCAUCCUGGUUUGGAUUUCACGGUGACGUCACCAGCUGGGAACAUUGUACAGACUUUAAAGGGAACAUCUGGAGAUAAGUUUGAGUUUAAGGCUCCAAAAAGUGGAAUGUACAAAUUUUGUUUCCACAAUCCUUAUUCUACUCCUGAAACUGUCUCCUUUUAUAUUCAUGUUGGUCAUAUUCCUAAUGAGCAUGACUUAGCCAAAGAUGGUUCGUUUCCAUUCCCCUUAUGUAUGAUCAUCUUCAUUGAUGCAAUCUGUAUUUUGUGCAUUGAGCUUGAGCUGUUUUGUGAUGUUAUGUUCUUUCUGUUUUGUUGUUUGGUUCUUAGAACAUUUGGACCCGGUAAAUGUUAAGAUAGCUGAGUUGAGAGAGGCUUUGGAAUCUGUUGUUGCUGAGCAGAAGUAUUUGAAAGCUCGUGACACUCGUCACCGUCAUACGAAUGAGAGCACGAGAAAGCGAGUGAUAUUCUACACAGUAGGAGAGUACAUUUUCCUUGCCGCAGCUAGUGGACUUCAAGUUCUCUACAUCCGCAAGCUCUUCAGCAAGUCGGUAGCAUACAACAGAGUUUGAACAUAGCAAAACCUCAGAGCGAGGUCUUGUGUCCAGUUUAUGUUUGAAUCGGUGAUCAAAACACAAUCCUAAACAGUGUUAGUUAAUUUAAAAGCUUCAAUAGCGAAAGACUUACUUUUUGUUUUUGGUUUCUACACUUUUAUAAGUUUACUAAUGCAGAACUUGAUGAAGCUUUUUUCUGAAUUCAUUGAUUAGUGAAUAUCAUUAUCUUGUUAUUAUCGUAGACAAAUUGAUAUGAGAUCCUUAAUUAUGAUACCAA